UUGGAGGUAACCGACGGCGACCGCGUCCGCGUGUCCCCUCCUUUCCCUUCCUUGUCCUCUGUCCACAUCGCCUCUUCUCGCCGGCCGGCAGCCUCCUCCUCUCCGCCCGCCCGAGCGCCGUUCCCCCUUUGGCAGGAGGAAGAGAAGAGAAGAGUGAGUCUCGCCGUUGGUCUCGCCCUUGUCCUCCUAUUCCGUCCGAUUCCCCCUUUGCUUUGCUGUGCUUGCCAGAAAGAAGAAGGGCGAAUCGGAUCCGGAAGAAAGAAAGCCUCCUCUUUCUCCCCGCCCGCCCGUCCGUCCGCAGAUAGAUCUCAUCAUCAUCAUAAAUAUAAAGCCAUGUAUGAUAACUACAGAAAUCCCCAUCCUCCCGGGAUGCAGAUGCCCCCACCAAACCCUCAGCCUGGCCCAUAUGACAAUCCAUUAUAUGGCGCAAGCUCAGGCCUGAUUAAAACUGGGUUAGGAGUAUAUGGGGAGAAGUUCCUCGGCUCCAGUUCAGAAUUCAUGCAGAGCAAUAUCAGUAGAUACUUCUCCAACCCACAGUACUACUUCCAUGUGAAUGAUCAGUAUGUCAGGAACAAGUUGAAAGUCAUACUGUUCCCGUUCCUUCACAGGGGGCACUGGACCCGGAUAAGUGAGCCUGUUGGUGGCCGGUUGUCAUACAAACCUCCAAUGUACGACAUAAAUGCGCCAGAUCUGUACAUCCCUUUCAUGGCGUUUGGUACCUUCAUUAUUCUUGCAGGCUUCACACUGGGCUUCAUGGGAAAGUUCACUCCAGAAGCCAUAAACCUUCAGUUCACAAGAGGGCUGAUCGGAUGGGGCCUACAGAUCGUGUUCCUGAAAGGGCUCCUCUACUCGAUGGGCGGUGGCGAGGUGCCGCUGCUCGACCUGGUAGCCUACAGCGGGUACCUGUUCGCAGGGCUCUCCCUGGCCAUCGUCGCUCGGCUCCUAUGGGCCUACUCAUACUACGUGAUGAUGCCGUGGAUGAGCCUGUGCAUGGGGAUUUUUUUGGUGAGGACGAUGAAGCGGGUGAUCUUCACGGAGAUGCGGGGCAGCGAGAGGCACUCGACGCGGCAGCACUACUUCCUGCUCUUCAUGGCCAUCGUGCAGUUCCCCCUCUUCUUCUGGCUUGGCAGCAUAGGCGCAUGAGAUAGUCUUCUCUGUAACUUUGGCACUAGAAAAAGCAACCACCUGUGAAGCUUAGGCACAUCCAGUAGCUUGUGCAGGCUCUCUGAGCAUCAUCAUAUAUGUUUUGUUGACAGGGUUUUUGUGUUUGGUUUUGUAUAAAGUUGUGAAUUUUGCAGUCGGUCACCAUUUUGUAGUAUGUUUGUUGGAAUAGUCUCAAGUAUAUUCAUAUACAUUGUUUAUGUUAUAUAUGUUUCUUUGUA